UUUCACGAUUUAUUUUUUCGUUCACUUUACAUCUGAAGUUCAGGCCGUAACAUGUCUCAUUUUCUUUAGUGAGUUUUAAAGUCGUCAACAAUAUUUACAUUCUGAAUAAAGAACUACCUGUCAAACAAAUAAUCAAGUAACUAUAUUAAUAAAUCGAAAUUCCAAACAAUUUUAUUGUAUUUCACCAUGGACCACUGGCCAAAAGAUGUCGGAAUAUGUGCCAUUCACGUCGUCGUACCCUCGUUGUACGUCGAUCAAACCGAUUUGGAACGAUACGACCGAGUGUCCAAAGGGAAAUACACCGUUGGCCUGGGCCAAAAGCAAAUGGGGUUCUGUACGGAUCUGGAAGACGUGAACUCGCUGUGCCUGACAGCGGUCAGUCAGCUCAUCGAGAACAACGGCAUCAGCUACUCGGACAUUGGUCGCCUGGAGGUGGGCACCGAGACCAUAAUCGACAAGUCGAAAAGCGCGAAAACGGUGUUGAUGAAGUUGUUUGAGGCCAGCGGCAAUUUUCAAGUAGAGGGAAUCGAUACGACUAACGCCUGUUACGGCGGCACGGCUGCGCUGUUCAACGCUCUGUCGUGGAUCGAGUCUAGCGCGUGGGACGGCAGGCUGGCCGUGGUGGUCGCGGCCGACAUCGCGGUCUACGCCAAGGGCAACGCUCGUCCGACGGGCGGCGCCGGCGCCGUCGCGAUGUUGAUCGGCCCGGGCGCCUCACUGGUGGUCGAGCGGGGCCUGCGGGGCACGUACAUGAAUCACACGUACGAUUUCUACAAGCCCGACCUGUCGUCCGAGUAUCCGGUGGUAGACGGCAAGCUGUCUGUCGACUGUUACCUGAACGCCCUGGACCGGUGCUACGAGUCAUAUCUGAGCAAGUGCCGCGGCGGCGACGUCGGCCUGAACCGGUUCGAUUCGUUUGUGUUCCACGCGCCGUACUGCAAACUGGUGCGCAAGUCCCUUGCCCGCUUGUACAUGAACGAUUUCGUCAAUGGCGUCGGCGCAAAUGACGAGAACCAUCGACAUCAGAACUGGGCCGACGCCGAGAAGACGUUCGUGGAGCUCAGCAAGACCGUUUUCGAGGACAAGACCGAACCGUCACUGUUGCUUGCGUCGCGUGUCGGCAACACGUACACUGCGUCCGUGUACAGUGGACUGGCGUCAUAUUUGUUGUCGGUGCCGCAUGAACGUCUGCCCGGCAAGAGGAUCGGCGUGUUCUCCUACGGUUCUGGUCUGGCGUCCUCCAUGUACUCGAUCAGGGUGGUAGACAACGGUGGCUUGCCCGGUCUGAUCGGCAACUUGAAGAAGGGCGUCGACCGUCUGGACAAACGAAUGCGCCUCACGCCCGAACAAUUCGUGAACGUGCUGGACUUCCGGCAGAAGUCCCUGCACCGAGCGCCUUACGUGCCGGUCGGCGACAGGGGCCAGCUGUUCCCGAGCACGUGGUUCUUGUCCGGUAUCGACGAAAUGCACAGACGGUUUUACGAGAGAAAUGAAUAGACGUCGUCGUAUAACGUCCAUAUACAUACAAUGUGACUAAUAAAAGCAAGCCCCAUUUUUAAAUUCUUGAGAUUUUUUUUUAAUACUUAUACAAUGAGUGUCCUAAGUUUUCAAAUGAUAACCUACCGUUUUCCUGGAAAUUAUUUAGUAGAUAAUAUUUUGAAAUAUGUUGAUGUAGGUACCUAAACUUCAAAUUUGAAACCAGUAGAUUCUCAGUUAUCCUAAAAUGUUUAUUCAUUUAUUUUUUAUAGGUUAGGUACGUAUAGUCUAGUAUAUAUUAGACCAUUUUGAAAAAUGAUAAAUUGUAAUCGAUUGAUAUUAACUACUAAGAUGUCCCAAGCCCAUUCAACUAUCAUAGAUUAUCUUAGUACAGAAAAACAAAUUAUAUAACUCAAUAAGAUAAUAAAAUUAUGAUUUUGGUACGUCAACAUCAUUUUCAGAAAAAUUAUGCCUCGGCUUGUUUUAUUUUCGGGAUUGGUAAAUUGGGUCCUAAAUGACCUUAUCUCGGUAAAUUGGGCCCGAAAAACAAAGAUAAUACGUGAGUUGAGUUCAUUUCAUUUUUUUAAUAAAUAAUCGUCUUUAUUAAAUAUUAGUAGUUCAAUUUUAUAAUUAUAUUAUUUUAUAUUACAUAAUAUUAUGUUCUAAAUAAAUAUAUUAUGGUAUAAAAUAAAAAUGUUAUAAAUUGAAUAAAUGGUAUAAAUUAGAAUAUAUGUGUUUAUUAUAAUAUUAUGUUGUUGGUAAAAACUUAAAUGAUCGGGCUGAACAGGUAUGUAAGUGGAUUAAUAGCCGGACCAAACUUCCCUAUUACUUUUUUUACCCGGGAUUCAACUUACCGAAAUGUACCCAAAUUAUUGCGGAACCAAUUUACCUAGCCCCUUUAUCAUUUAAAUAAUCCAUUUCAUCUUUAGCUGUUUUAUAGUUCCGUUAUUGUUAACCCAUAUUAUAAUAUAAUCAUGUUAAACGGUUACGUAUGGUAACGCCGUUUGGCAUAAUAUAUUUAUAUAAAUAAAUAAAAAUAAUUCUGUAAUUUACAGUAGAAAAACGAGAAUUUUUAUUUGAAAAAUAGAAGAUUGUAUGUCCUCCUUAAGUAGUACAAAAUACCUUAAUAAUUGAAAAAUAUGGUCUUUGAGUUAAUUAAAUAAUUAUUCCAAAAAUCAGAUUUUGAAUAAGUAGGUACAUUAUUGAAGAAAACGAAAAUGGGUGAGCUUGCUUGGCUGAAUUACUUUGUAUAAUAUAAGUACACAAUACCGCAAUACGUAUUAUUAUUUAUCUACAUAUACCUAAUACCAAUAUAUAUUCCCGCAGUAAAAACCUAUUAUUAAUAUUACUGCGUAAUUUACUGCAAUAUAUCAAGCAAACUAUGAAAUUUGUGUUGGUACUUUUAAAAAUGCACUGUUAAUUUUAAGUAUUACUCAGCACUUACUCUUUGUAUUGCUUUCGAUAUUGUAUAAGUUUAUACAAUAUACAUUUAUUUUAUACAUAUUAUGCUCAUAUGCACGUAGGUGGUAGGUAUAUAAUAUUAUGAUAUAAUAAAAAGUGUUAUAAUAUAUUUAUUUCGGAUUAAUAUGGUAUUCAUUAUUAUUAUACUCUUGGUGUGUAGGUUUUAUCAUCAAUAAUUAUUGUUAUAGUAUUAAGUCGUUGCUGCAAAUUAUUCAAUUUUUUUUUAAAUUAGUUAUAGACAUAACUACUUAACAUUUAAUGUUUUUUAAAUAUUGUAUUGCCUUAUUUAUAUGA